AAAUGUUUCAGUAGGGCAAAAUCCUAUGUACACAAGUAGUUCUUUCUUAUGUUUAUUAAUGGUAUACCCAUUAACUGAACUGGGGGACUACUCAUGUGUGAGAGAGUUUGCAGAAGUUAAAAUGGUUUUCUUUUUUGUUUGCUUGUUUAUUGACAGUUAAUUCAUAUCUAUAUUUUCCUACACAAUUUAAGGGCAAAACUUUAGUCCCAAGAAAGUCAGUAGGACCAGGAUUCAAUCCAAAAGUAUAAGAGCCACAUUUUAGUCCCACAUGAGUGACAAGUAUUGCCAUAUAUUUUAAAGCAUAAACUGUCAUACUUAACUGAGUAAAUGCAAGAGCAUUUCAUGCUGAUGCAAGUGUAGCGGCUGCACAUCUGAAAUACUGUCCCUUAAAGUGAUGAUAAUCGGAUAAUACUGUAAUUGUACCCAAAAAAAAAAAAAGCCACAACCACAUACCUCCUAGAAGAAAUUAUAUGGCAUACAUAUUAAUAUUGAAGCUGGGGCAGGAGGAAGGGAGAGAGGGUUGAUUUCCAAUGAACCCAAUGAUUUCCCUACACUGGGGGGAAUCCUCCAUAUGUAUGGCUAAGCAGACUGUAAGCACAUGUGGUGUGAAGUUACUCCAGCAAUUUUCUAUAAUUUAUCAUCCACAUCUGGUCUUUCGUUUAUAUCUAAAUUUCCUAUUAAUGUAAUUUUAGUAAUAGUAAACUGAUGUUACCUGUCAGCUUUUUUACCACACAGUAGAAAAGUAAGCUGAAAUUGGUAUAUGAUAUUUGGCUUGCCCCUAAUAUUUCAACAUUGACUUAGAGUAGGCAGUUAUUUGUUUUUUUUUAAUUUACCUUUAAGGGACCAAUCCUGUGCACAUUUAAUCCUAUGAAUACCCUUUGAUAGCACAUGCAACUCUGUUGAAAAAAGUAAGAAUAUUUAUGUAAGUAAGUGUGUGCAGGAUCAUGUCCAAAAAUUGCAAACAUCUCUUCAGGGCUCAGAAUCACUCAAAUUAAAAAUAUAAGAACUGAUCUUAAUGUCUUUAUCUACAUAGAUUAGAAUCCUAAAGAGACAUUCAUUUUAUUUUACUGCAUGAUAAUUGCAGGUUGGCACCAAAACACCAUUAAAUGUUAUCCUAAAUUCUUUCAAAAAGAAUGCCAAACCUUCUUUACUGGUAGCAGCUAGUUUUGGUUUUCAAAACAUGCUAUAAGUGACUCAUCAACCAUGUUACAAAUAAAAUUGUUUGAAAUAUUGAAUCUGCCAUAGGUUUUUUUUCUUAAAAGAAAAAUAAGUCAAAGAAAUUUUUCCCUAAGGGGAGAAAAAGCAUUAGGGUAACAUUUUUAUCUAUCAAAAUAAAGAGCAUUGAUUUAGUAUCAUUUAUCUUCACAACUAAAUGGAAAAGAGAUUUUGUAUAUAAUCUUUCUUCCAUCUGCACACACAAGUCCCACUAAUGCUAACCAAAGCAAUACAUGCACAGAAGGGAAAAAUACAGUCCUUUGGGAGUAACAACUUUAUUGUCUUUUUGACUGUGUGUGUGUGUGUGUGUGUAUUUAUUUAAACUUGCUAAAUGCUCAUAUUACACAAAAGUAUAAUUAGGUCUAUGGCCUAUUUAAUAUAACCAAUAGACUUUUGUGGUUGGGUGGUUUGAACACAUCCUCAAAUACUGAUUUACUUCCUUCUUUCUGAUUCUUGUUGCUUGUUCAUAGUGAGCACCACGUUAUCUAAAUACUUGAAUUUAAUUUACAAAAUUUCUCAUCUACAAAUUCACAUUGGACAACAAGAAUAAUUUGAAGCAUUCAUGACCAAUGUGGCUGAUCCAAAAAUAUUAGGAUUUCAACUUCUGCUGUUGUACUUUAACCUAUAUUACUGAGUUGCUUCAAUAUUCAAACCAAAAAAUUCAAAUAAAGUUAUCAAGGGGUUUAUAUCUUUUAUCUUCUUACAAUAAAAGAAGGUUUGGUCUUCCGUUUCAGUUUAUUGAGAAUCACUUUUUGAGGAAAAAAUCCACUAGAAUUAAUUGUUAGAUUUUGUAAAACAAUGAAAGAUGUACUAUUAUUGCAAUAGAAACAUUAAUAAAUCAUUCUGUACAGGUCUGUAGCAUACUACAUUGCAGACAGCCAGCAUGAGCUCACUAAACACUGUUUUAUUAGACCAAGUAAUGAUACAGAGCUUGUAUUAAGGUGCCUGAAUAUUUAAUUUUAUGUUAACAUAAUUUGUUAUUUUAAGAGUAUUCUUCUCAUGAAAGACUAGGGAAAUUGUUAAUUAUUUGCUGAAUGUUUCAGUAAACAAUUUUAAGAACAGCACUUGAGGAAAAAAACAUUUCAUGUCUCUAAAAAUAGCUUAGUCACAUGACUUAAUACUUUAGCACAAAAGCAUAAUUUACAGGUUUAAUUUGCAAUCCCACUAUAUUUUUUGACAUUCUCUUGCACAGAAGCUCAGUCUGAAUGACUCAAAUGACUUAAUAUUUCUUUGCAUUGAGUGCUCGGUACCUAGUACAAAGCAAGAUGAUUUAGUAUAAUUUAUACAAUUUGGGUCUCUGCAUUCUUUCUGCACAAGUGUGAUUUUUUGUUUUGUUUUUUUGUUUUGUUUUGUUUUUUUUUACUCUCGAAUGCUUUGUUUUUGAAUUCACACAUUGCACAAUUAAUGAACUUUUGGGGUCAUCUUAAGCAAGGGAAGAGUGUCGUACCAACAGAUCAUAUCCACUGACUAUAUUUCCAGCGGGCUGAUUUUUAAAAAAACAUGUUGUUUUAUUGGAAUUGUGAAGUCAUGAAAGAAUCACCAGAAGAUACCUGCAGCACCUUGGAUAAUGAGUGGAAGAUAAAGAGAAAGCAAAAAGAAUGUGGCAUAUAAAGGGUGUAAUACCUGGAGGUAUUAACUCUGACUCAUAUCUGUAAAAAUGAGACUAGCUCUCACAAAAUACAAGUUAUCUUAGACAGUCAUCAAGCUUGGAGUCAUGCUGUCAAACUAAGAAAUUCACUCCCCCCCCUCCCCUUUCUGACAGGUAAUAGAGCAUUGGUGAAUUAUGAUUUUCCUAAAUUGGAAGCACUCAUUUUUACCCAUGUAGUUCAUCCUUAUGAAUACAUAAUAAACAUUGCAUAUUUAAUGUGCAUUAUAAUGGGAAACUGACUCAUUAGCAAAAAAAAUGGCAAAUUUUAAGGACUUGGUUCCAAAUUGAGCUGGAGCCUCCCAAUGCACUUUGUACAAUCUGGGUAAAGAUGUAUUGAAUGUCCUUCUUUUGAAGGCCAUAAUGACAUGUAAUAUAAGGAUAUCAUCUUACUGUUGAUAUCUUUGAAGAGUCAUAAGCAGAAACAGAAAAAUGAAUGGCGGAAAGGAGUGUGACGGAGGGGACAAAGAUGGAGGUCCGCCAGCAGUACAAGUUCCAGUUGGCUGGCAACGUCGAGUGGAUCAAAAUGGAGUGCUCUAUAUCAGUCCCAGUGGGUCUUUAUUAUCCUGCUUGGAGCAGGUUAAGACAUACCUGCUGACUGAUGGAACCUGCAAAUGUGGCUUGGAAUGUCCUCUCAUUCUUCCCAAGGUAUUUAAUUUUGAUCCUGGAGCUGCUGUGAAACAGAGAACUGCUGAAGAUGUUAAAGCAGAUGAAGAUGUCACUAAGCUAUGCAUCCAUAAACGGAAAAUUAUUGCUGUGGCUACACUUCAUAAAAGCAUGGAAGUUCCGCAUCCUUCGCUGGUUCUUACUAGUCCUGGGGGUGGAACAAGUGCAACUCCAGUAGUACCUUCUCAAGCAGCAACUUCAAGAUCAAUGAGGAAUAAAUCACAUGAAGGAAUUACAAAUUCUGUGAUCCCAGAAUGUAAAACUCCUUUCAAGUUGAUGAUAGGGGCAUCUAAUGCCAUGGGUAGGCUUUAUGUACAAGAAGUGACUGGAAGCCAGCAACAAGAUCUUCAUUCUGUCUAUCCUAGGCAGAGAUUGGGCAGUAACGAUCAUGGACAAAAGUCUCCAUAUCGCGGCAGUCAUGGUGGAAUGCCUAGUCCAGCUUCAUCAGGAUCACAGAUAUAUGGAGAUGGCUCAAUCUCUCCUAGGACUGAUCCACUUGGAAGCCCUGAUGUUUUCACAAGAAACAAUUCCAAUUUUCAUGGAGCGCCCAACUCUAGUCCUGUUCACAUGAACAGGACUCCUUUAUCUCCACCUUCACUAAUGCUACAUGGUUCUCCAGUUCAGUCAUCCUGUGCAAUGGCUGGAAGGACUAAUAUACCUCUUUCCCCAACCUUGACCACAAAAAGCCCAGUAAUGAAAAAACCCAUGUGUAAUUUUUCAGCUAGUAUGGAACUACCACGAGCAAUGUUUCACCAUAAACCACCCCAAGGCCCACCUCCACCUCCUCCACCUUCUUGUGCUCUUCAGAAAAAGCCAUUAACAUCAGAGAAGGAUCCACUUGGCAUUCUUGACCCUAUUCCUAGCAAGCCAGUUAAUCAGAAUCCUGUUAUCAUUAACCCAACUACUUUCCAUUCUAAUGUCCAUUCUCAGGUACCUGUAAUGAAUGUAAGCAUGCCUCCUGCUGUUGUCCCUUUGCCAAGCAAUCUCCCUUUGCCAACUGUAAAACCUGGUCACAUGAACCAUGGAAGUCAUGUACAAAGAGUUCAGCAUUCAGCUUCAACUUCCCUCUCUCCUUCACCAGUGACAUCCCCAGUUCAUAUGAUGGCAUCUGGGAUUGGAAGGAUUGAGGCGUCUCCCCAAAGAUCACGUUCAUCUUCCACAUCAUCAGAUCAUGGAAAUUUCAUGCUGCCUCCAGUAGGACCACAGUCAUCUUGUAGUGGUAUCAAAGUUCCUCCCAGGUCACCAAGAUCAACAAUAGGGUCUCCAAGACCAUCUAUGCCAUCAAGCCCUUCCACCAAGCCUGAUGGACUUCAUCAGUACAAGGACAUCCCUAACCCGAUAAUUGCUGGAAUGAGUAAUGUACUAAAUCCCCCAAGCAAUGCAGUUUUUCCUACUGCAUCUGCUGGAAGUGGUCCCCUGAAGAGUCAGCCUGGUUUGCUGGGAAUGCCUUUAAAUCAGAUUUUGAAUCAGCACAAUGCUGCCUCUUUUCCAGCAAGUAGUUUACUCUCAGCAGCAGCCAAAGCACAGCUAGCAAAUCAAAAUAAACUUGCUGGUAACAACAAUAGCAGCAGUAGCAAUUCUGGAGCUGUUGCCAGUGGUGGCAACAAUGAAGGACAUAGCACUUUAAACACCAUGUUUCCUCCUGCUGCCAACAUGCUUCUACCAACAAGUGAAGGGCAAAGUGGUCGAGCAGCACUACGAGAUAAACUGAUGUCUCAGCAAAAAGACCCUUUGAGGAAAAGAAAACAACCAACUACCACAGUAUUGAGUUUGCUUAGACAGUCUCAUUUGGAUAGUUCUGGAGUUCCUAAGCCUGGAUCUGAUUUGAUAAGAAAGCAAAAUCAAGGUUCAUUUCCCAUCAGUUCUAUGUCUCAGUUACUUCAGUCCAUGAGUUGUCAAAGUUCUCACAUGAACAGCAAUAGUACCACCGGUUGUGGGAGCUCAAAUACUGUUUUGCCUUGUUCUGCUAACCAGAUGCAUUUUACAGACGCCAAUAUGAACUCUGGCACUCUUCAGAAUUCAUUGACACAGAGCUUACCUUUAAGAGGGGAAGGUAUGCACUGCCAGAAUGCAAACACUAACUUUGUCCAUGGUACUAGCCCAGGCCCAAACAACCAUCUUGCAGGCUUAAUAAAUCAGAUGCAGGCUAGUGGGAACUGUGGGGUGCUUAGUCAGUCAGGAAUGGCUUUAGGAAAUUCAUUACAUCUGAACCCACCUCAGUCAAGAAUCCACGCAUCCUCCACUCCAGUGAUACCAAACAGCAUUGUUAGCAGCUGUAAUCAAACAAGUCCUGAAGCAGGGGGUUCAGGACCAUCAUCUUCCAUAGCCAUAGCUGGAACCAGCCAACCAGCCAUCACAAAGACAACAUCCGUUCUUCAAGAUGGUGUUAUAGUCACUACUGCAGCUGCAAACCCACUUCCGAGCCAGCUGCCUAUUGGGAGUGAUUUCCCUUUUGUUGGCCACGAACACACACUUCACUUUCCACAGAACUGCUCUUCAAACAACAAUCUUCCGCAUUCUUUGAAUCCAAACCUUCUCAAUUCUCUACCUAUCUCUUUGCCAGUGAAUCAACAACAUCUCUUAAACCAGAAUCUAUUAAAUAUACUACAGCCUUCAGCAGGAGAAGGCAAGUCUGAGGUCAUACUCAACCCUUUAGGUUUACUCAACCCAAGUGUAAAUGCUGCGCUAGCUUUUCUCUCCAGUGACAUGGAUGGGCAGGUAUUACAGCCUGCUCAUUUUCAGCUUCUAGCAGCCCUACUUCAGAAUCAAGCCCAAGCAGCUGCCAUGGUUCCCCUACCAUCUUUCAAUUUGACCAUCUCAGAUUUGUUACAACAGCAAAAUAACCCUGUACCCUCAGUAACACAGAUGACAGCCCCACCAGACCAUUUGCCAAGCAAUCAGUCAGACAGCAGCAGAGCAGAGACCCUUUUAACCAACCCCCUGGGGAACCCUAUACCAAGCUUUACAGGCACUGACACUACUUCUAACCCCUUGCUCCUCCCAGCUGUCACUGGGGCCUCGGGAUUAAUGGCCUUAAAUCCCCAGCUGUUGGGAGGUGUCCUGAACUCCGCAUCGGGCAACACUGCUAAUCAUCCAGAGAUAUCCAUAGCAACCUCCUCCCAGGCAACCACUACCACAACCACUACAUCAUCAGCAGUGACAGCACUGUCUGUCUCAACACUUGGUGGGACAGCAGUGGUGUCAAUGGCAGAAACAUUGCUGAACAUAUCUAAUAAUGCUGGGAAUACAUCUGGUCCAGCUAAACUCAACAAUAACUCUGUGGUGCCACAGCUACUUAACCCUCUACUGGGGACAGGUCUGCUUGGUGACAUGUCGUCGAUAAACACUACUUUGAAUAACCAUCAACUGACUCAUCUCCAGUCACUGUUGAACAACAAUCAGAUGUUUCCUUCAAAUCAGCAGCAACAUCAGCUUCUCCAGGGGUACCAGAAUCUCCAGGGGUUUCAAGGGCAACCCUCAAUUCCUGGACCAGCUAACAACCCAAACCCUAUGGCUUGUCUGUUUCAGAAUUUUCAGGUGAGAAUGCAGGAAGACGCUGCUCUUUUAAACAAAAGAAUGAUCACUCAAAUGGGGAUAACUUCAGUUCCUGAGAGUUCCAACACUACCCUUCCUCCUUUUCAAGAUACGUCUUGUGAUUUGCCGCAAAGGACUGAACCAACUCUAGGACAACAGGCAAAGGAUGGCCUCAGUGUAGCUGCUCAGGGUGAUUCUUCAGUUGAUGCUAUCUACAAAGCAGUCGUAGAUGCUGCAAGCAAAGGAAUGCAAGUCGUAAUCACCACUGCAGUUAGCAGUACAACACAAAUGAGUCCCAUUCCAGCUCUGAGUGCCAUGAGUGCCUUCACAGCCUCAAUUGGUGACCCAUUAAAUCUUUCUAGUGCUGUCAGUGCAGUAAUCCAUGGAAGAAACAUUGGUGUUUCUGAUCACGACGGUAGGAUAAGAAACACUAGAGGGACACGAAUCCUGAAGAAUUCAGAACAUAGUAAAAAUUCAAGUGAAGGGGAUGGAUUUGAAUAUUACAAAUCAGCAGGUUGCAAUACAUCCAGAAAACAGUGGGAAGAGGAGCAAAACCCUGGAGGAGAGAUACAUAGGUGGAAGUGUGAGGAGUUUUUAGACCAUUCAACCCAUGUCCACAGCAGUCCUUGCCAUGAAAGGCCCAAUAACGUCUCCACACUGCCAUUGUUACAUGGUGAGCAGCAUCAGAUACUGUUACCACAGAGAAACUGUCAAAGUGAUAAAUUGUUGGAGGAGAAUUUCAGGUAUAACAAUUACAAAAGAACUAUGAUGAGUUUUAAAGAGAGACUGGAGAACACUGUGGAAACAUGUGCACACAUAAAUGGAAAUAGGCUUCAACAAAGUAGAGGGUUUGGAGAGUUGCUGAACACUUCUAAACAAGACCUAGUCAUGGAGGAGCAAUCUCCAAGUUCCUCCAAUAGUUUGGAAAGUUCUCUAGUUAAAGACUAUAUCCAUUAUAAUGGAGACUUUAAUGCCAAAAGCAUUAAUGGGUGCGUGCCUAGCCCUUCAGAUGCUAAAAGCAUCAGCAGUGAAGAUGACCUAAGGAAUCCAGAGUCCCCUUCUUCAAAUGAGUUGAUACAUUACAGGCCGAGGACGUUUAAUGUUGGCGACUUGGUCUGGGGCCAAAUAAAAGGACUGACUUCAUGGCCUGGAAAAUUAGUAAGAGAAGACGACGUUCACAAUUCAUGUCAACAAAACACUGAGGAGGGGAAGGUGGAGCCUGAGAAGUUGAAGACACUAACAGAAGGUCUGGAAGCCUACAACCGAGCCAGGAAGAGGAACAGAAAAAGCGGAAAGCUAAAUAACCAUUUAGAAGCUGCUAUACAUGAGGCCAUGAGUGAGCUGGACAAAAUGUCUGGGAAUGUACACCAAAUCCCACAGGGAGACAGACAGGUGAAACCUCCAAAACCGAAGAGGAGGAAGAUCUCUAGAUAACAUUGAAUGUCUUUGUUACUGGUCCAGUACUUAUCAAAUUGAACAUGCACAUAAAUCAGUAUAUAGGUAUUGAUAUAGAUAUUAUAUCAAUAUUUAUAUCAAGGACAGAUAGAUACCAUCAAAGGGUGCUAAGCGAAAUAGGGGUACAAUAUUUUUGUUGAUCAUGUGGGAUAGUUAAUGCUGGAUAAACCAAUCAGAUUCCUUGAAAGAUUACAGUAAAAAUGUCAGAUGAUUACUGAAUUUUUUCUAUAAUACUGAAAUUGUGAUUAUAAAAAUAGUCCAAAUGUUUCUGAUAAAUUUUCAUUGUGUAUAUAGAUAAUACAGAAUUUCAUGGUGAUAUCUGAAAUGUAAAUAUUGUACAAUAUUGUCAUGUACAAGCGUACCUAAUGCACACUUUAUCUUUUAUUGUACAAAAAAAUAGUGUACAAAAUUCUUUGGUUUCUAUUGAGUACACAUACAAGAGACUACCAGUGUAAAGUGAUAAAUAAAAAUACAGCCUAAAUGCUUUUAUAUGAUAAUGUAAAAGAUGCUGUUUUUGUAUUUAACAGCAGAGAAAAGGCAUGAUUAUGUAAUACCUUAAUUAUGACAUACACUUCACACCACUGAGUGUUCAUUUAUAUUGUCUGUUUGGAAUGAACCUUGCCUGGAAGUACUGUACUCCAUUUCAGGUCUCUGUAGGAGAGUGCAACCUUGCAGAUUCCUAAAGGGAUGUGGGAUCACAGGUCUAAUUAAGAAUUCAAAAGCUGCAACCACUGGUUGCAUUUUAUUUACUUAAGUUUUAAAGUAGAAUGCUGUAGAUUUUUUUAUUAAAGUAAAAAGAAAGCUUAGAUGGAAUAUUUUAGUCAGCCAUUUCUGUAGUUGAAGUUUCAUAGCCACCUUCUAAACUAAGCAAUUUAUACCACCAUUGACUUUGAACCCCCCCCCCCCCCAAACUCUAUAUUUGUUAACCGAGGUUAUUUAGCCUGAUUAAACAUUCUGUUUACAUAUAUGAGGGAAUGGCCCUAUUUGAAAAUAUGAGUGUUAAUGUUAAUUACAAUUUGAUUUUGCAAUGGAAUAAAAGGGCAUGCUCCACAGCGUUCCUAAAAAAUAAUUCUAGUAUCCCUCAUACAGUAUUAUUAAACUAGAAGUUAAAGGUGGCUUACAAAACUAUUAGCAACAGUAAUUUUAUCAGUAUUAUGUAACAUAUCAGAUUUAUUUUAUUUAAAAAGAAUUAUUUAUACCCUUAACAGAUUCUUAUAUAUAUUAAUGUGGCUGAAAUGUGCAGGUUAAAUCUAUUAACGAAAUUAUUUAUGUUAUAUUAAGUGAAUAAUGUGAAACGUGUAGAAAGGAAGUAAUUAACUACAGAUAAACAAGCCUAAAGCUGUGAGCCAUUGUAAAAAUAACAAAAAGUUAAUAAGUGUAGCACAUUGUCAUCAUUUUUUUCAAUUUUUUCCCAUUGUGGUGGUGGUACACCCCCCUUCCCAAAGUAAAUUCUCAUUUUGCCCUGCCUUGUUCCAAGACGGAGUCCUUAAGAUGGACCUCUUCAUCUGGGAACCACCACCUCUUUAACCUGGAAUUCCUUUUUCCCUGGAAUGGCAUCCUAUAGUUAAGACUGUUAGAAAUCAGCAUCCUCUGAGGCUGAUGACCUUGCCACUCUACUGAUAACCACCAGUUGGCACUUGUACAGUGAGUAACUAUUCCUCUCCCCAUUGACUUUCCCCAGAACUCAAACUCAAUUAUCUGUGUGACAUGACUGAGAUCCACUGGCCCAGAGAAUAAAGAGACCUGAGGACAUUUCCAAACUCAGCUUUCUUGUGCCACAGCACAUAGCACUACCACUGGGCUAACCUACUUUUUCAUGUCUCAUACAGACAGCUCUUAUUUCUUUUUCCCCCACCCCAACCUGAUGGAAUGCAAUUAGCUACACUAAGCUACAGUGGCCUGGAGGCAGGAACCCUUCCUUCUACUGGGUAGGUUCAUUUGUCUUUUGUGUAAUGGCAGGACAGACUGCCAUGGUCCUACAUGCAAACUCAUGUGAAGUGAUCUUUUGUGUAGUUUAGUUAACACUUUUUUGUUACAAGUUGAUGUGUUUGUUAUGUUUAAAGAGUUAAUGUUGUCCAUUUUUCGUAUCAGCCUGCUUUUCUGCUGUUUUGUCUACACAAUGUUUUUAUUCAUAAAUACACGUGUGUGUGUGUGUGUGUGUGUGUGCGCGUGUGCGUGCAUUUGUUUAUAUUUAGUUUGUUUUUUUUACCUUUUGCUUUUCUGUCCUAACACUGAGUUUGUAUUGACCAACCCUUCUUUUGGCAUUUUAACUAAUUAGGUUUGUACUUUCUCACCAAUGUAUACUUUACAUUAGUAGACUAUGUAAAGUAUUUUUGUGCACUUGAUUUCAUUGGUUAAUAAUGGCAUUGAUGUGGGUGCUAGGAAUAGUUUGUUUCAGUCCAUACAGAUUUUUUUUCUCUUUUAGAGUUUUUAUGGUUUCAUGUAAGCAGUUAAUGUAAAUAUUGUGAGCAUUACAGGUCAUGCAGUGUUGUAACAUUUUAAAAAAUGUUGCACCUACUUUACAAUUAAAAAACUGGUCACUCAUACUUGAA